UCUCCGUCCUGUAUUUGUCCCAAGGGGCGUUCCUCUUUGCAGCUCGUUGAUCUUCGGUUAAAGAAAACCCACCUCCCCACGAGAUCACCACACCACGCCUCUGGUUUCUCCCUACCCAGUCCAGAAUACCGACCGAGAUGGAUUUGCGGCCAGCUUUGACUAGUCGCUACCGUCGCCCCCAAGAAAAAUGUCGACAUACGAGUCGGAAAUCAGGGCUGCAACUUUAGCAGGCAGCUUGCUAUCAUGCCUGGCGACAUCUGCUGUGCUGGUGUCCUUUGUGGCUUACAGAAAGGAGCAGCGCACAUUUCGCCAUGUUCUGAUUCUCAACUUGACCUUGUCUGAGUUUAUCAACUCCCUCAACAACUCCAUCUCGGGCAUAAUCAGUAUUCGAGACACCGAGAUCGAGCCCGGGGUUGCGUGUACCGUGAAUGGUUUCGUGGGCCAACUGUCCGUGCAGGCCGCCGACUUCAGCAUAUUAGCCAUUGCAAUCGUCACCCUUCUUACCGUCACCCGCCGCGCCUUCCUCCCCGCCGCCUCUACCGGCAAAAAGAUCUUUCUCGCCAUGUCCAUAUGGAUCGUUCCGCUCUUCACCAGCAUUUAUGCCACGGCGCAGGGCGCCAUGGCCCCUGUUGCCGGCAACUGGUGCUGGAUCACAGCCUCAAGGCCCGACCUGCGAUACGCCCUCACCCAUGGCUGGAGGAUCUUGAUAAUAUUUGGCACCAUAAUCAUAUACGCCUACAUUUGGUGGUACAUGAGCCGUCACUUCCACAGCAUGGUUCAGAUUCAACGCACGGGCCUGACCGAGGAUUCGACCGUGGCUUCUAGCCUCGGCACCACGUCGUCCGGGGGCACCAUGUUAUCCACUGGCAACUCGACCACGGUCGGCGUAUCAUCAACAAAGUCUUUAAUGGUUCAAUCGCCACCACCACAGGGCAAGAAGAAGGGGGUCAGCUGGACGCGCAGCAUACGAAGCGUCCGAAGUGCGCGCAAGCACACGGCGUACGACGACGACGAGGAGGUUCAGGCGCUGCCGGGCGGCGCAGCACUCCCGGAGGUAAAGGAGACGAUGGAGAGGGAGCUGGAGUUCUCCGAUGGAGGAGCGCAGGUCCCCGCCAUCCGACUCGAGAAGCCGCCCUCGUCACGCAAAGGAUCACGAACCAGUACACAUGGAUUCGGGUUGUCAUAUCUUCGCGAGGAGGACAAGGACCUGCUCUCACCGCCGGCGGUCAGAUCAGCAAACAACCAAGAAGAGCAAGAGCCUGUGGGCCCAAAGCAGCCUUCGGGCGUGAGGAAAUCAGGAGUCGUCUCCUGGCAGCUCCCCGAUAUACCGCCGAGUCCCAAAGACUCGUGGCGCCGCAACUUUAGGGACUUUGGCGUCCAGGGCAGUCCCUCGCGCAGCCCUUCACGCAGCCCCGCCCCAAGCCCCGUUCCGAUGCGGUCCCUCUCCCCAUUGUUCAAGUCCUCGCGGCAAGAGGCAGCGGCGGCUCGCGGCGGCAAGAUGGAAAGAUCGCAGAGCCCCCGCUGGGAACCGCCGUGGCGCGACAACAACAACGCAAGCCCUCGCCCGGGUCGGUCCCUCUCUUUAUGGCCGCUGUCGAGCCCGCGGAGCCCUUGGCGCGAUUGCGCCAGGAUGGCAAGCCCCUUCCGGCAGCCGCAGGCACGGCAGCCCGUCACGCUCAUGACCAACGCGAGCGAGUUCCCGAUGCGCCGGCAGACACGCCAGGUGGAGAAGGAGAUCAAGCGGAUGAUGCUGCUCAAUGCUUACCCCAUCUUUUACGUUUUGCUCUCCAUCCCGGGCCUGGUCAACCGCCUUCUCGAGGCGACCGGCAUCCACCUGCCGAGCCACACGUCGCAGGCCCUGCAGGCUCCCGUGCAGUUCAUCGGCCUGGCCAACGCGCUGACGUACGGCUUCAACAAGCACGUCAGACACCGCAUUAGGGGUGACUGGCGUGCAUUGCGUGGGCGCGCGCCGCAACCAAAUUAAGCAAGGUUCACACAAUGAUUACUCUCCCUACACGACGGGGACUUGAUAUUACAGGAAACAUGGGAAUUUCCAUGUUUAGAUUGACACUCGCUCAGGCAUGUACGGAUUUUAUCUUGUAUUAUUUUAGUUUGCUAUUUUCUUGUUA